CAGUCCACUUAAAUGCAGCUCCAGGGUUGCGGGGCACCCACAAGCAUCACUGCCCAUGCAAGGUGGCAAAUGCAACAUGCUCUCCAGCUUGGGGUGUCUACUUCUCUGUGGAAGUAUUGCACUAGUCCUGGGAAAUGCACAGAAAUUGCCAAAAGGUAAAAGGCCAAGCCUAAAAGUCCACAUCAAUACCACCAGUGACUCCAUCCUCUUGAAGUUCCUGCGUCCAAAUCCAAAUGUAAAACUGGAAGGUUUUCUCCUGGGAUAUGGCAGCAAUGUAUCACCAAACCAGUACUUCCCUCUUCCCACAGAUGGAAAAGUCACUGAGGCUGUAGUUGAUGCAGAACCUAAAUACCUGAUUGUUGUGAGACCAGUUUCUCCUCCAAGUCAGAAGAAGUCAUGCUCAGGUAAAUCACGCACUCGCAAACCUCUGCAGCUGGUGGUUGGCACUCUGACGCCAAGCUCAGUGUUCCUGUCCUGGGGCUUCCUCAUCAACCCCCACCACGACUGGACAUUGCCAAGUCACUGUCCCAAUGACAGAUUUUAUACAAUUCGCUAUCGAGAAAAGGAUAAGGAAAAGAAAUGGGUUUUUCAACUGUGUCCAGCCACUGAAACAAUUGUGGAUAACCUAAAGCCCAAUACAGUUUAUGAAUUUGGAGUAAAAGAUAAUGUAGAAGGUGGAAUUUGGAGUAAAAUUUUCAAUCACAAGACUAUUGUUGGAAGCAAAAAAAUAAACGGGAAAAUCCAAAGUACUUCUGACCAAGUAAACGUAAUGCCAGACUAUGUUCCAAGGAAGAUAAUCCCAGUUACAAUUAUCAAGCAAGUGAUUCAGAAUGUUACUCACAGAGCUUCAAUUAAAUCCCCAGAUAGGACACCCAUGGGAGGAACAAUAUUGGUCCACCUUAUUAUUCCAGGUCUUAAUGAAACCACUAUAAAACUUCCAUCAUCUAUGAUGUUUGAUAUUUCAGAUGCAAUAAAGACACAAUUAGCUAAGAAUGAAACCUUGUCAUUGCCCGCAGAAUCUAAAACACCAGAAGUAGAAAAAAUUCCAGCACAGCCCAUAACAGUGAUUCCUGAAUCCGUUCCAAGGACAGCUAGACCAACUCUAUCUAGUUCUCUAGACAUUUCGGCAACAUCACUGGCUCCGAAAAGACUUCCAGGAUUUCCUCAAACGAAAACACCCUUCCCUUUUGUGAAAUUUGAGGGCACUUUGGCUUCAAGUGAAAAACCAUGGAUGGUGUCAACAGCUAAAACAACUGAUGAGUCCAAAGUUGAGCGGCCUCAAACUGCAAUUUACGAUGUUUACUCAAGUCCUCUGACACCAGAUGAGCCUGAAGCAUCAGAACCCCACACAGCAACAAGUGAUCAUAUUCUGGAUUCUGUCCCACCUAAAACUUCUAGAACUUUUGAACAGCCAAAGGCAACACCGGCUCCAAGUGAAACACCAAUGGUGCCUGAAAAAGUGGAAAUCUUUACCAGUUCUGAAAUGCAAGCUACAACAUCUGCACCCCUGCAAACUACAUCUAUCCCUUCUACUCCUAAACGAAAACCCAGGCCCAAACCACCAAGAACCAAACCUGAAAGAACCACAAAGCCUGGAAGAGUUACACCUAAAAUUACUAAAAGUCCUGAUCCUACACAAACAACACUGGCUCCCAGUAAAACACAAUUUAUUUCCUUGAAACCUAAAAUACCUCUCAUCCCAGAAGUGGCAUACACCACCAAACCUGCUCCAGUAAAGACCAAACGACCAGGUCGCCGUCCCCGCCCUAAAACUACACCUAGUCCAGAUGCUCCUUACUCCAAACCUGCACAAAAACCAUCUGCACUACCUGAAACUAUACAUAUAUCAGAUGCACCUCAAAUACAAACUGAUUUAAAACCACCAAAGCAAUUCCUUCCUAAACCCCAAAUCACUACAAAACCAGAUAUGUCACCAACUGAGUCCGUCUUUGAGCCUGUUACAUUUGAGGUGGAUUCUUCUUCCAUGCACAUAGUUGCUGCUACAGACAUUGAAUCUUUAACUUUAACAACUGAGGCUCCCUGGACACCGCUGGUUCCAAAAACAACCCCAAAAAUAAGAACACGUCGUCCCCGCCCUGACCGUAAAACCACACCAAACCCAGAGAUACCUCAGAGCAAACUAGACCCUCAACCUAUUACUCCUGGGACAUAUGUAGCUCCAACAACAACCACAAUUACAACCACAAAGAAACCCCGACGUCCCCGUCCCCGUCCUAAACCUAAAACCACACCCCAACCAGAAGUAUCUGAGACCAAACUGGUUCCUCCCACAAUCUUUGAACCAGUUGUUCUUAGAACUGAGGCUCCUCCGGCGGCAACACUAGCUACCAAUGUGCCUCCAAGAACUCGUCGCCCACGUCCCAGGCCUAAAACCACAUCAAGGCCUGAAGCCUCUCAGACUGAAAUGGCUACAGUCUAUGAACCAGAUGUUCCUAUAAGAGAGAUUCCAGGGACAACUUUUGUUCCCGUUACUGAUCUUGGGCUUGUUACAUUCACGACCGAUGCAUCUGAAGCAACACUAGCUACCAAAAUAUCAGUGAGAACCCGACGUCCACGUCCCAGACCUAAAACCACACCGAACCCUCAAGCUCCUCAGAGCCAACCGGUUCCUGCUACAGUUCUUGAACCUGUCACUCUUAGACCUGAGACUCCAGGAACAUUAGCUUCUAAAACAUCACAGCAGACAUUUCAUCCGCAUCUCAGACCAAAGACUACACCAAGACCUGAACUACCUGAGUCCGAACCAGUUUCUACUAGAGAUCUUGAACCAGUUAUGGUCAGAACUGAGACAUGGGUGACAACACAAGCUCCUAUAAUAUCACAGCGGACCCGUCGUCCACGUCCCAAACCUAAAACCACAACAACUAUUGAUACACUGCAAACAAAACCGGUUCUUAUUACAGAUUUUGAAGCUGAUACUUUUAGAACUGAAGCUCCAGAAACUAUGGCUCCUAAAACACCAAAACCAACACGCCGUCCACGUCCCCGGCCCCGUCCACGUCCUAGGCCUAAAACCACAGCAAGCCCUGAUGCAUCUCAGAUCAAACAGGCAGUGACAUCACCAAGCCUAGAAAUGUCACCAAAAAGUCAACCAGCUUCGGAAGUCCUGGAGUCGAUUACACUUAGCACUGAGUCAUCAAAAGAAGUUAUAGCAACAGCCGAGACAGAUUAUGUAUACCCCACUGCCAAAGAACCAUUCAGACCAGAGAAGCCAGAGCCUGAAGGUGGUAAAGUUCCUAAGCAGACACCACGUACUCCUUCCAAACAAAAACCAUCUCCUCGGCCAAGAAUCCCACAAACACAGACAGCUCCAAGCGAUGUGCUCCAUCCCUAUCAGCCAGACCCUGAUGUCUCUCAGAGUAUUCCUGUUCUGCAACCUGUUACCUUUACAAUUGAACCACCAGAGACAACAAUAGCUCCUCUAGAAACACGAGGCAGCCAUUUCAUGCCUAUAAUUUCACCAAGCCCUAGUCAAGAGGAACUGCAAACUUUCCUGGAAGUAACAGACCAAUCUGUCCAAGAACGAUUCACAACUAAGGUUCCACGAACAACUGAAUUCGCCAAGACAACGCAGGCACCACACAGAUUGUAUACUACUCCUGUGAGACCCCGGCCUGACAAACCAUUUAUCAGACCUGGUCUGAAUAGGACAAGACCAAGUAGGCCCAGACCCAGUGGGAUACCCAAGAGGAACGGAAAAGACUCAGGAGUGAAACAACCACCAAAGCCAUGGGAUACAGGAAGAAAUGAGUCUGUGGACAGUCCCCACUCCACAAAAAAAACAGCCACCAGUCCAGGUACCCGUCGCCCACCCAUGCCACCUAGACCUUUGCCCCCACAAAGAAAACCUUUGCCACCAAAUAAUGUCAAUGGAAAGCCAGGAAGUGCAGGGAUUUCAUCAGCACAAGUUACUUCCCCACCCUUUAAAGCAACAUUCAGACCCACUGGAGCCCCAUUGGAGAGAACAGAAAAAGAUAAAAAGGAACCUACAGCUACUGCCUCUGGGGAUCCUGGUAACAUCACAAAGUUUAGCUCAAGCCCAACAAGAGAAACUGAUCCUCUUGGGAAACCCAUAUUCACAGCUCCUCAUGUGAAAUACAUCCCAAAGGAGGACAACAAGCCCUGCUCCAUCACUGAAUCUGUGAGCUGGUUCCCCACAGAGGAGGCCACAGAGAGGAAUAUUACCAGCCCACCACAAAAUCCACCUACCAAUCUCACUGUGGUCACUGUGGAGGGAUGCCCCUCUUUUGUCAUCUUGGAUUGGGAGAAGCCAAAAAAUGACACAGUAACUGAAUACAAAGUUAUAUCUACAGAAAAUGGAUCUUUCAUUGGGAAGAACCAAUCCAUUCAAAUUACAAAUCAAACCUUUUCUGCAGUAGAAAAUCUAAAACCAGACACAAGUUAUGAAUUCCAGGUGAAGCCCAUAAACCCCCUUGGCGAAGGCCCAGUCAGCAAUACAGUGAAAUUCAGUACUGAAUCAGCUGACCCAAGAGUGAGUGAGCCAGUUUCUGCAGGAAGAGAUGCCAUCUGGACUGAAAGACCCUUUAAUUCUGACUCUUACUCAGAAUGCAAAGGAAAACAGUAUGUCAAAAGGACCUGGUAUAAAAAGUUUGUAGGGGUGCAGCUAUGCAACUCCCUCAGAUACAAGAUUUACCUGAGCGACUCCCUCACAGGAAAAUUUUAUAAUAUAGGUGACCAGAGAGGCCAUGGAGAAGAUCAUUGUCAGUUUGUGGACUCAUUUUUAGAUGGACGCACGGGACAGCAACUCACUUCUGACCAGUUACCCACUAAAGAAGGCUAUUUCAGAGCAGUACGCCAGGAACCUGUCCAAUUUGGAGAAAUUGGGGGCCACACACAAAUCAAUUAUGUCCAAUGGUAUGAAUGUGGGACCACAAUUCCUGGAAAGUGGUAGAUGUCACAAUCAUAUUCAACAGUGCUUCCUGAUUCGUCAUGGCAAAAAAUUCAUUGGAAACAGUAUGGCAUUUGUCACAUUCAUUUAAAACUGUUUACUAUGUAUAAAGUUUUAAAUAUAAUAGCAAUAUUAAAUGUUUAUUAGAAGAUUGCUAAGAUAUUUAUCAGGUUUUACAAAGUCAUUUUUAAGAAAGCAAGACAUUAACAGAAUAACAUUUUUUGGGAAGCUGGCUCCCUAAGACAUGGUAUUUUAAGAGAUCAUUUGUAUAUUAUUUAUCGAGUGUUGUAAUGAUGUUUUGAGAUACUUUUAUGACAAAGUUAGCAUAAAAUACUUUUAAAAUUAGCAUGUAUCUUCUUACUGGUGUGUUAAUCCCAUAAAUCUCUACUUAGGUUAACUUAUUAGAUAAAAUUAUCUUCUGUAUCUGGGAGGACCAUGUCCUAAUAUUCAUGUUUAUUUUAGCUUCAGUUGCUUAACAAUAGCUGAAUAGUGUUCUUGAAGCACUGAAUUAACUUUCAUGCUAAUAGAGUUUAAGUAUUUAGAAAGCAUUGAGAUUUUGUCUGGAUUAGAAAAUUUUACUUUAGCUAAAAAUGAAAUUGAGAAUCCGAUGGUUUCAAAAUAUAAAUCUUCAUAAUUUUUCUACCCAUAAAUGUAACAUCUGAAUGUAUUUUGUCAAUCUUUUCCUUUAAUUGUCCUCAUAUCAAUAUUCUACUCAAGCUGUAUUCAGAGACUGAAUGUGAAAUCUAAGUACAGACAAUACUGUGUGGUAAAAUCCCUAUCAUUAUAAGUGCUAUUUACGGUACUUUUCACCUAAUACCAUCUAAGAGUGAACAUAUCUGAGGGUUUUUUUCAAUUGUUUAACCCAACCUGUAAUUUUUCUUUUAAAGGGUAUUUUUCUUCAUUUGGGGAGGGAGGGAGAUGAGAAAGUCACCCCAGUACCCUUAUUUUGAAAGGACCUUUCUUGUGUUUACCUUUCAACAUGCUUCUGUUUUAUCAAUGCUAUAUGUUAUAUUUCUCCAACAAGUAUAAAUCCUGCAAUAAAGAGAUGUAAUUUUUUAAAACCAAGUUCUUUAUUUUUUGAAUGAUUCAUCUCCAUAAAGAAAAUCAGUUACUCAGCUUUCCUUGAUCUUUCAAAUGAUACUGUUAAUAUAACUGAAAAAUAUCUAUUCAUUAAGACCAA